UCUGUCGCGACCUACGCGCAUAGUAUGCUUGCCAUGUGAUUCCGCUCGUCUAACCUCAAAAUGUGUAUUUUUGUGUAAGUUCUUCGCGGUACGUGUGAGUGAAUUUGUGCCAGUGUUGUGUUCUUGUGCCAUACCGGUCUAACCUUGGAUUAUCCCUUCUGCCGCAGUGUAGUCCUCUUAUUGAAACAUAUGCUGGUGUCUGAGUGGACGGCGGCAUGGACGACGAGACGGCGAUGAUCCUGGCGGUGCAGCUGGUGGCGCUCUCGUGCAUCGUCGGGGCGCUGCUCCUCUACCUGCUCUGCAAAACGGCCAAGCGGAAGCACACUUACGACGCCGCCUUCGCCUCCCUCAACGUCGGCACCGGUCGCUCCGUCCUCAUCACCUCCGCCGAGACCGCUUUCGGUCUCCAGCUGGCCCUCCACCUCACCUCCCUCGGCUUCCGCGUCUUCGCCGGCUACAAGCCCAAAGUUCGCGAGGAUGACAUCCAAUGCCGCGCCUGCAACAAAGAGGAUCAGCAGGAAGAUGAAUUCGUUUACCCAGUCCCAGAGGCUGUGCGAAUCUUGACGGCAAAAGUGAAACACCGAGAGUCACAAACGACGAGCCUAUCGGUGGGCUCCUACGAGGACCGAAGCAGCUUCGGGAGCCUCAUCUCCUUGCCCGUUGACGUCACCAGGGAGGACUCGCUCCAUGAAGCUGUUGACAUCGUGAGGAGGCAUCUUCCCGCCGGAGAAGAUGGUCUCUGGGCAGUGAUAAAUACUGCAGGGAUGUGCCUGAAGGGUCGUUUAGACCAACAAGAAAGCUCAUUGUGGGAUGCCAUGUUUAAAAUUAACGUAGUUGGCACGCUGAGAACCGCCAGGGCGUUCCUGCCUCUUCUGCAGAUCAAACAAGGUCGACUGAUUAACAUUGGUGCAAGCGGAGAGCGGGAACAAGGAUGCGGGCUGGUUGCCUAUACGGCGGCGCGACAUGCGGUCGUGGGCGCCAGCGCAGCUCUGAGGCAAGAAAUCGGGCCCUUGGGAGUUCGCGUCAUUACCAUUCACACCGAUGCCAUCCCCUCCGAAAAGCUCUUCACCUGGCCACGACUAAUGAAGUGUGGCGAGGAGGACGCAGACCUAACGGAGAGGUAUAUCAAGUACAACCCUUCAGUGAUCCCGAGUUACGGGAUGGAGACAAUCGAAGAGGCGCUCCUCACGGAGACUCCGAAAGCCGCCUACUCGCUCAGCAAGCCAACCGGCUUCAGCAACUAUGUCUCAGCCAUAUCUCAAAAGUUCCACCACUCCAAGUGAGCCCUCGCCAACAUCAGCAAAACUUAUAAUUUGCGAACUCAAAGAAGUCGGUCAUUUGACCUGUCUUGAAGUUGUAGAGGAUAUCUUCGGGCAAAAUGUCCAGGGCACCCCCACGAACUGAUAAUUCCACAUUGAUUACGUUUAAAUACAGAGAGAAAUACCUAUUACUCAGUUUUUGGACCCUUGGCUUCAUGGGUAAAAAAAUGAAACAGAAGCCUAAAAAUUAAAAUUAUACCCAAGAUGGUAAGAAUAUCCAAACAAACGCAAAGGGGUUUGAUUCACGUGAUCGAAAUGGAUCUCACAUUGAAUAUCAAGCGUGAACUAUCACAUGGAUAUGUGCCGCAAGUCAUGAAACUGCUGUGGAGAUUUAGGUAUAAAAAAGGGCGGAACAUUCCGUUUCGUGAAUAACGAUCUCUACAGUUUCAUUCCCCUGAGCAUCAUCAUCAUUUAUCAUCGUUUGAUUCCUUAUAUAAAACAAAAUUUUAUCAAUUAAAAGGAGCCAUUGUUUCCUCACGUAAAUUUUACGGAAUAUAAUUAUAGACUGGAAUUCAUAUCGAAAAUUCAUAUAACACUACGCAGUAAGUAUUUUAAAUGUAACCACCAGUCAUGGUAAUAAUUAGGGAGCGUUCAUAAAUUACGUAACGUAUUGAAGGGAUAGAGGUGAGCUUGCUUUACGUUACGGAACCGUGCUUGCGUUACGAAGCGUUCCAAUAAUAAGAUGAGGGGGGUCCGAAAUAUCGAAGAAGUGCGUUACAUAAUUUAUGAACGCUUCCUAAAGGUGGGUGUCCAAACACAGCUAAAUCAUUUUGCGACUUCACAAAUUCCAUCGUGAUGAUCAUGUAACACCCCGUCCGGAAUUCAAAUGAAAUCCAGAUGAUAUUAGGAUUUCUUCUGAAGCAGUAGCAGUCGCUUCUAAACUGAAGCCAUUGCUCUCUCACUGGUAGUUACCUAGGGCAUAACUGUAUAUUUCCACUAACUUUUGCCUUAGGUAUUCAGUCAAUGAUAAGAUUAAAAACUAAAAUGUGCCUUCCCUUUGAAUUUUAGACGCUGUAGCGAGCUCUAAAAACUUGGCAACCCCCAAAAAAUAGUAAUAACUAUUUUAGAAAAAAGAAAAAAAGGGGGGCUGGCAAAAUUCUGAAAUCAACUUUUUUGCGAGCAUAAAACCGCAGUACAAAUCAGUGAACCUUUUUAGUGGAAUAUAAUGAGCUAAUUAAGUAUUCAAGCGGGCCAUUAAAAUUAGGAAGAAUUACCGGUAUUUUCCCAUGUUAUCUGUAUCUAAAUGGACUCUGAGUGGAACCUAGUCACUUUUCAAUACUCUGAGCCAAUAACUGUUAGUCUUGAGAAUGUGGCUAAUAUUCCCCUUUUUGCUAUCGAUAACUUUUCAGUUAGAGUUGAAGUAAGCAGAGCGAACAGUGUUUCAGAGCAUCAACGCUUGGUAUUAGUGAUGUUAACACGCUAUGAAAUGGUAUAAAAUACUUAAUAUCUGAACUUAGCAAAAUGUUGAAAACGAACCUGAAUUUCAAGGGUGCAAGAAUUCGAACAGAAAUUAUUCUGCAUUGUAUGAAAAGAUUCGAAAGAUAUUUUUUGACCCGCACUCAUGCAUGCAGGAUGUUAGGCAUGUCUUGUUUUUUACGACUUGUUAAGAUUUUUUUUCAAUCCGUGGCUUUUUUUUCUUCUUCUAAAAUUUAGUGAAAGGGCAAAGUUCUCUUUUUGCUCCUUUUUAAGUGCCAUCUGUACCUACCCGAAACAUACUUCAACCGAAAUAAGCUUGUCAUAGACCCCGAUAAGUCUCCUUCACUAAAGCCAAGAAUCCCAAAAAAAAUCACCUCAGCCUGUUAUAUGUGCUCAUUUGGUUCAUCGUCAACAUAAUAAUAAUACACCAUUGAGUAGUUUUCUUCAGGUGCAAUUUUUAACAUGUUUGAUGUAGAAUUUUAAUUUUGAUUUAAAAAGAAACACGUUGUUCUCUCUCAUUCUCCAUAUCCCCAAAUCAAAGAAUAUUUUCGUUUCUUGUGCAAAUUUCACCGUAUAGCUUAUGUACUCAUGCCCAUGAACAAAAUACAUUUCUUUCUUUCUAUAUACUUUCGUUUUGCCUGAAUUUAAAUAAAAAAAUAAUUUUACAUGAUAUUCAUGUGUAUUAAGGAACAUGUUGUACUGAAGUUAUUGCAUGUUGCGUCGUGAGUUCAUCACCGUCAAUCAGUACCUACAAUGAGUAGUGUGUGUUUCUGCAAAGUAGUCCAAUUGGCCCCGAGAACGAGACCCAAUCUGGGAACCACUUACAAUAUAUUCCAGAUCCAAACUUUGUGUAAUGGCCGAUGUAUUUAGCAAGCAUCAAAAUGUAUCUAAGCAAUAUCUAGUGUAUUUUUGUACUUAAAGUAUUUAUUAAAGAUAUCAUUAUUUUUCAAUUAUGGUUUUAAA